AUGACGGUGCGGGUGGAACCCCAAUCCAACUCGAAGAAGUCAGAAAACCUGCAAAACUGUCAGUUUUUGACUCCUGAACUGGACGAAAUCGAAAAGUUGAAAGUCGAAAGUCAUUCGGUGAGUACUCUGCUAAAUAAUAUCUAAUUUUCUAGAAGUAAACUCACCUGCAGAUAAGUUUCACUCCGGAGUAUGUGUACCGGAACAUCGUCCUUUUCUCAGCCCUCCAUUUUGGAGCUCUGAUUGGUGCUUACCAACUAUUGCUCUCUGCUAAAUGGACCACCGUUUUCUGGGGUAAACAUUGAGAAAAAUAAUUCACAAGUUUUUAUGCAGUUUUGUACCUUCACGUCGUUGGCAGCGUAGGAGUCACUGCUGGAGCUCACCGACUUUGGUCCCACAGGUUCUUUUUUUUUGACUCAAGGACGAUGAACUUUUUGCAUUUUCUUUUAUUUCAAACUUUUUUUUGGACUCUAUUCGACUUUCCAGCGUUAUUGUUAAGCUGUUGCUUAAUACAAAAACCGUUUUUACGUUCGAAGUCGUUUUUUUAUCAGAUUGAACUAUUUAAAAAGCGCGCUGAAGUUUUUAAAAAAAUUGUCGUGUUAUUAUUUCUUCUACAUUUUUCUAUAUUUCUUUUUUGUUCGUUACCCACUCACCCAAUUUUUUUAUUUUGAUAUUCGUACAACGCUUUUUUUUUUACUUCUUCUCUGUUUUUUAGGUCUUACAAAGCCCGCUGGCCAAUGAGAUUAUUGCUGAUGUUGAUGAAUAAUGUUGCGCUUCAGGUUUCUUUUCUACACAUUUCGGUCGGAAAGAUUUGCUCACAGAAUGACAUAAUCGAAUGGGCGCGAGACCACAGAUGUCAUCAUAAAUGGACAGACACCGACGCUGACCCGCAUUCCACCAGCCGCGGCUAUUUUUUUGCGCACAUCGGCUGGUUAUUGCUCAAAAAACAUCCGCAGGUGGUGGAAAGAAAACAUAAAACUCGGUUUGAAUCAUCUCAUCAAAGGUUUUUCAGGUAAAAGAAAAAGGAGCAAAGUUAGAUCUUUCCGACUUGUACAGUGAUCCGAUCUUGAUUUUCCAGAGAAAGUUGGCACCAAAGCGAUAUUUUAUUAUAUCAAGAGAAUAAUUCAGAAACUACAUCCCUCUGGUUCUGUUGUUCUGCUUCAUACUACCAACAGUAGUUCCAGUUUAUCUUUGGGGCGAAAAUGCACUUAUUGCGUUUUAUACGGCAGCCAUUUUCCGCUACUGUUUCACUUUGAAUGUCACUUGGUGUGUGAAUAGCGUUUCUCAUUGGUAACUUCAUAAAGAACAUUGAUGUAAAAACUAAUGAGCUGCAGGGUCGGUUGGAAGCCAUAUGAUCAGAAGAUUUCUGCUGUUGAGAAUAUUUGGACAACAGUUACUGCUGUCGGGGAAGGAGGUCACAACUAUCAUCAUGCUUUUCCACAGGUCUUUUUUUCUCAAUAAGCUUCGAGAAGUCCAUUGUCAUUGCUUUCAACUUUUUUUUGUGUUCAGGACUAUCGUACAUCGGAAUAUACGUGGACUUUCAAUUGGACCAAAUUGUUCAUAGACAGCGGAGCCGUUUUCGGCUUGGUUUAUAACAGAAAAGUGGCAUCAGAAGACGCAAUCCAACGUCAGUGCAUUGGAAACGGUUGCGAAGCCAGUCGCAAUGAAGUCCGCUCAAAAUUCGCUCGAAAAAGUUAUUUUGAAUAAAAAAAUCUCAGAGAAUAAAUAGUUGCUUGAAUUUUUUCGAAUAAAUGUUCAUCAACAAAAUCGUUUAAGUUGUCAGUAAAAGGUUCAAAAUCAAAAUUUUCGACUCUUUUUAGAAGCUGUGUAGGCUUUCAUGAAAGUCCAAAAAAUAUGUUUAACUUUCAAUUAAAAUUCGAUGUUUUGGCGGUAGAUGGAGUUUUGAAUCCAGAUAUUAUCGAAAUGACAAGAGAAUUGAAUGAAGAUAGUAAAUUUUUUUUUGGAGCAUCUCGGACAAAGAAAUUUCAAAACUGAAAAUUUUUUGUAGAUGUGAAACAUAACAUGGACACUUACAAAGUAAUGUUUGUCAAUAAUAUCACUCUAUCUGAUGAAAUAGAAACAUAUGGGACUUAUCGACCAAGAAUCGUUGUAGAAGCUGACGCAUCGCUGAUCAACGGGCUUGCCUGUAUGUGGAAAUCCAUGUUUUUUUCAAGCCCAUUUGGUUUCCCAGUCUUCGAUAUUGAACACUUGUUUUCUUAGAAAACAGAAAUCUUUGUAAAUCAUAACAACGAGGUAUCGAUUCAUAUAAAGUUAGAAACAAAAAAAAAAUUGAUUAUUCGCAUUGUGAUCUUGUUAUUUCUGUUAAAAAAAGCUUUUUGAUUCAUAAUUGUUCAGUUUCUCUUCUUUUCAUUAAACCUCUUUUUCUAUAUAAGAUGAGAAAAUAUGGAGCCGCAAUAUUUAUACUCAAACCUCCUUUCUCAAAAAAAAAGAAGAUUUAUCCAUUAUAUUACACAUCCAUUCAAAGAAUUGAACUAAUAAGUCUUGUCAAAAUUCAAAAAUGAGAAAAAAAGUUAUCUUUUUGUUUCGUGACAAUCUCAGGACUCAUCUCACGUGGUUUUAUGAUUCAGCACAUUAUUCCGCUUUUCUGCGCCCUCUGUUGGCGUCUCAUUUUUGUGAACGGUCCAUUCUUUUUUCUCACGGCUCGCUGUUUCGCGUCUUCUUUUUUUUAUUUCUAUUCAUCUUGUCUAAAUUUAAAAAAAUUUCCAUAUUUAAAAAAAUUCCUAAUAACAAAUAUUUCUGAAUACUUAUAAAUCUGAACGAAUCAUUUGAUUUGGACAGAAAAGCGUUACCAGCCAACUUUCUCAGAGAUAUUGAUUGCACAAAAUCGAAUUCGCCUCUCUCCGUUGCGCGCCUUAAUAGUUACGCUGAAUACGGCUGAACUGUAUUUUUGAGGCUUUGAAAUGGGCGACGCGGCUACGAACUCGGACUCGAAUGAGGCUAAUAAACAGGAACGUCUCAGCCUGAGAAGCGCUGAACUCGACUUCCCGAACGUUUCGAGCGGCUGGACGUCGACGAGCUCCAUAAUCACGAUCACCCAGCGGUACUUCUUGGGCUCAAACGCACGGGUUCCUCAUAACAGCAACAGGAGCACUCCUGUUGAAAUGUGAGUCUUGUUUCCACUUUAAUAAUAUUUUUUCUUUUGAACUUCGAGGAGUUCAUUACGAUUUUCGUAGCUUCCACUGCCUCAAAUUCGAAUUUAAAUUGAUUUUUCCAGGCGCCCGGUCUAUCAAGAGGUCGCCGUCACACCGGUUCCAGAAGUGAAGGAAGAGAAAAAGUCUUGCUGUUGCAUUGUUAUGUGA